AUGAAGUUCACCCUCGGAGCUCUUGCUCCUUUCCUUCCCCUCGUCUCUCUCUUCGCCCCGGCCGCCCAGGCCGCGAGCAAUGACACGACGCCCAUGCAGAUCAGGCUGGCGUACGCCGGCCCCACGGGCAUGGUCGUGAGCUGGAACACUUACGCUCAGUUGUCACAGCCCACGGUGCGCUAUGGACUGUCGGCCACGGACCUGAACCUCACCGCCUCCUCCAACGAGUCGGUCACGUACACCACGUCGACGACGUACAACAACCAUGUUAAGAUCACCGGCCUGAAGCCCAACACCCAGUACUUCUACCAGCCUCAAAACAGCAACUCGUCCACUCCGUUCACUUUCAAGACCAGUAUCCCUGCUGGGGAUAGCACCCCGUAUUCCGUCAGGAUGGUGGUGGACUUGGGGCUGAUGGGCCCGCAAGGCUUGACCACCCACGUGGGAAAAGGCGCCGCCAACCCAUUGGGGCCAAACGACAAGAACACCAUCCAAUCAGUGCUUGAGGAUGACUCGGACUAUGAAUUUCUGUGGCAUCCCGGUGACAUUGCAUAUGCCGACUACUGGUUGAAAGAGGAAAUCCAAGGCUUCCUCCCCAACACGACCAUUGAAGGCGGAAUCGAGGUUUAUGAAUCGUUGCUCAACCAAUUCUACGACGAGAUGACGCCCAUCACGUCCAACAAGGCAUACAUGGUCGGCCCAGGAAACCACGAAGCCAACUGUGACAACGGUGGCACGACCGACUCAGCACACAACAUCACCUACGACGUGUCCAUCUGUAUGCCGGGCCAGACGAACUUCACGGGCUUUAUCAACCAUUUCCGCAUGCCCAGCAGCGAGUCCAAAGGCUUUGGGAACUUUUGGUAUUCAUUCGACCAUGGCAUGACCCACUACGUCCAGCUCGACACCGAGACCGAUAUUGGUCAUGGCCUGGUCGCUCCAGAUGAGCCAGGUGGGAGCGAAGGAGAAGACGCCGGUCCGUUCGCCCGACGAGACGCCCAAUUGAACUGGUUGGAAAGCGAUCUGGCCGCAGUCAACCGAACCGAGACUCCUUGGAUCGUCGUUGCCGGCCAUCGCCCAUGGUACGUCAGCGCCAAGAACCGCAGCAGCACGCUGUGCGAAGACUGCCGACACGUAUUCGAGCCCAUCUUCCUCAACUACAGCGUCGACCUGGUCCUCUCCGGUCAUGUUCACGUGUACGAGCGCAACGCCCCCGUGGCCUACACGAACCCGGACCCGGCCGAGCUCAACAACCCCAAAGCCCCCUGGUACAUCACCAACGGCGCGGCGGGCCACUACGACGGCCUGGACGACUUUGUGCUCCCGCUGCAGCCGUACUCGCGCUUCGCCACCGACAAGGUGUACGGCUGGAGCAAGCUCACCUUCCACAACUGCACGCAUCUGACCCACGACUUUGUCGCCAGUGCCAAUGGCACCGUGCUGGAUACGGCGACCUUGUACAAGAAUCGCACUUGCGCCGUCGAGGCGAAGACGCCGCCGUCGUCGUCUUCUUCGUCCGGGAGCACGGCCACUUCGAGCGGCGCCGCCGCCGCCACGUACACGGGUGCCGCGGGCGUCGUGGAGUCUUCGCUCGAGGCCGUCAUGGGUCUGGCAAUGCUUGUUGUCGCCUAUGUCAGCUUGGUCUAA